AUGGGUACUUCACCAGAGCCAUCGGUGGUCGACGUGGAACAAGCACGCCCCGAAAAUGCGGGGACUCGAAGUGGAGAAAUGGCUGAUGUCGACUAUUCGGUCUUUUCCGUCAGUCAAAGGCGAUAUAUUGUUUUUAUGGCUUCAUGGGCGGGAUUCUUCUCUCCUGUCUCGUCGCAGAUCUACUUCCCGGCCUUGAAUACCCUCGCCAAAGACCUCCGCGUCUCAAAUUCUCUAAUUAAUCUAACCUUGACCAGCUACAUGAUUUUUCAAGGACUGUCGCCCAUGUUCAUUGGUGAUUUCGCGGAUAAAGCUGGAAGACGACCCGCAUACGUCGUCUGCUUCACAAUAUAUAUUGCUGCCAACAUCGGCUUGGCUCUACAAAAUAACUAUGCAGCGCUGUUCGUUCUUCGGUGCCUGCAAAGCGCAGGAAGCAGCACUACCAUCGCACUCUCGUCGGGCGUGGUCUCAGACGUGGCGACUGCAUCUCAGCGUGGCUCAUACAUGGUGAUCGGAGGUCUUCUGGCUCAGUACCUUGGCUGGAGGGCGAUCUUUUGGUUCCUUGUCAUCUUCGCAGGUGCAUUUAUGGUUCCAUUCCUGAUCUUCUUCCCCGAAACUGCCCGUGGAGUGGUUGGCGACGGAUCAUUGCCGCCUCAAAGAUGGAACAUGUCCUUGAUCAGCUAUUUGAAGUCCCGGAAAGCUCGUCAAGAAGGCGCCGAGGCACCAGCCAGCACAACGAAACAGAGACUCAGUUUCCCCAACCCAUUGCAGACACUUGCCAUUGUGUUCCAGAAAGAUACCAGCAUCGUCUUGUUCUGCAACGCGAUUCUCUUCGCUGGCUUCUACGAUGUCAGUGCAACCAUUCCAUCGAUCUUCAACGAAUUAUACGGUCUGGACGACCUGCAGAUCGGCCUGUGCUACAUCCCUUUUGGACUUGGUGCGAGCAUCGCAUCUAUUUUGAAUGGCAGAUUCCUCGAUUACAAUUAUCGUCGAAUUGCGAAAAAGAUUAAUUUCCCGAUGAUGAAGAACCGCCACACGGACCUACGAAAUUUUCCAAUCGAAAAAGCCCGUCUUCAAAUCGCCUUUCCAAUGCUUUCAAUCGGAAGUCUGAGCAUCCUCGCAUUCGGUUGGUGUUUGAACUUCGGAGUUCAUCUCGCUGCACCUACCACCAUUCUAUUUCUCAUGGGUCUUACCCUCACCGGAGCUUUCAACACAGUCGGUACCCUCCUAGUAGACCUUUACCCCACACAGGCGGCCAAAGCUACAGCCGCCAACAAUUUCGUGCGAUGUUUGCUCGGAGCUGGCGCGACUGCCCUUAUCGAUCCUAUGCUCGCGUCCAUGGGUCGUGGAUGGUGUUUCACCUUCAUCUCUCUGGUCAUGCUCUCUACGUCUCCGCUACUCUUGUUCGAGAUCUACAAAGGACCCAAAUGGCGUGAAGAGCGCCGGUUGAAAGAAGAAGCGAAGCAGCUGGGGACUAUCACAUCACCUGUAUCCACGACCCCGAACGAAAAGUCUGUCACGGAGGCUUGA